AUGCCUCAGGAAGAGAAGACUCGCAGGAUGGACACCCCACCCUCGGAAAGACCCCGAGAAAAGCAAAAUCAAGAGAUGAAGAUCCAGGAAGAGGAGGAGGAGGAGGAGUUUAAAGAACUGAAGGGGCUGAAGGAAGCCCUGGCGAACCUCCGGGGACUGUCCGAGGAAGAGAAGGGCGAGAAGGCGAUGCUCCACUCCCGCAUCCUAGAGCAGUCCCAGCUCAUCUGCAUCCUCAAGCGGAGGUCGGAUGAAGCCCUGGAGCGCUGUCAGAUCCUGGAGCUGCUCAACACAGAGCUGGAGGAGAAGAGGGCGCAGGCGGCGGAGAAGCUGAAGACCCAAAAAGAGCGUGCCCGGAAGCUGGAGGAGCGCUUUAAGACCCUGGCAGACAACCACGAGUUGAUGAUCCGCUUCAAAGAUGAGCACAAAAACCACAACAUCAAGCUGAGGGAGGAGAAUGAGAAGCUGAAGCUGGAGAACGAAAGCCUCUUCUGCCAGGCUCUGCAGGACAAGGAAGCCAAAGUCCUGCAGCUCACAGCCAGGAGCGAGGCUCUGGCCAAGGAGCUGGAGACCCUGAAACAGAAACACGCGUGGGACGCCUGCCAGGCGCAGGCCCGAGAGAAGGAGCUGCGGGCGCUGCAGAGCCAGCAGGCGUGUGCCUACGCCAAGGAGACCGAUCAGCUGCGCAACCAGCUGCAGGGCCUCAAGCAGCAGCACCAGCAGGCCGAGGCGCAGAUGGCCAAGGCCCAGGAGACGCACAACAGCUUGAGCCUGGAGCUGCAGACCAGACUGCAGGCAGUCACGCGUGAGAAGGAGGAGUUGCUGCAGCUGUCCAUGGAGAGGGGCAAGGUGCUUCAGAACAAGCAGGCAGAGAUCCGCCAGCUUGAGGAGAAGUUGGAGGUCGCAGCUGCAGCCAGGAAACUUGCCCAAGAGAGGUUCGAGCAAGAGGCAGCUGCAGUGGACUGCAACUUGAGAGUCCGGGAACUCCAGCGCCAGGUGGAUGGGAUCCAGAAGGCCUAUGAUGAGCUCAGGCUGCAAUCAGAAGCCUUCAAAAAGCACAGCUUGGCUCUUUUAAGCAAGGAGAGAGAACUCAAUGCCAAACUCCGCCACCUCUUUCCAUAAGGAAGCGUCUUCGUUCUCUUAUCUCCAUCCAGUUAAGCAUUCAAGAGCAAAGAUGUUAUUCCAUUGCUUCUAUUUUUUUAAGUUCAAAAAAAAAAGCUACUCGAUGAAAAGCCACUUCGAUGUUAUUGUUACUAUUCUAAAACAAACGCCAAAUUUCAGUUAUGUAACCUAGAAUACACAAGAUUUACCAGAGAUCCUACUGUGCCUUUGAAGUCUUC